AUGUCUCAAUUCCAAGAGACAAGUGGUAGUAGUGGAGGUAAUGAAGAAAAAAAGGAGUUUCCUGAUGAUCGAGUUUUUAAAGAAUCCGUAGCACAAAGCUUUGAAAGGCUGAAUUUGGAAAUGAAUGACUUUAGAGAUGAAUUGGAUGUAUUAAGGGGAAUGAGAAAUGAGAUGAGCAGGUUUAUGGAAGAGAUGAGAAGAGACAGAGAAGAUAGAAAUAGAAGGAAUGAUGGGAGUGCAAAUGUGGGAAAUCAGAAUAGAAAUGAAGGUAGAUUUUGGGCAGAACAUAGGAAUGAAUGGUAUGAAGAAGCUGAAUGGAAUGAUGAUGAGUAUGAUGAAGCUUAUGACUAUGGCAACUACCAUUAUGGCGGAAGGGGGCAUAGACCACCUAGGGGUAGAGGGCCUAGGGGAAGAAGGGGUGGCAGAAAUUUUAGGCUCGGUGAUCAUUGGGAUAGAGAUGGAAAUGAGGAGAGAGUUGAUGGGAAUUUAGCUAGUAUAAAGAUGCAAAUUCCACCUUUUCAUGGGAAGGAUAAUCCAGAAGUUUAUUUGGAUUGGGAGAGACAGGUGGAGUUGAUUUUUGAGUGCCACCAUUAUUCUAAAGAAAAGAAAGUGAAGUUAGCAGCUGUAGAAUUCAAAGAGUAUGCAAUUGUUUGGUGGGAUCAGUUGUUGAGUAGGAGGAGGAGAAAUGGGCAACGAACCGUGGAGACAUGGGACGAAAUGAAGGGAAUCUUGCGAAACAGGUUUGUGCCACCUUACUACCACAGAGAGCUGCUUCAAAGGUUACGAAAACUCACUCAAGGUACUAAAAGUGUCGAAGAAUACUACAAGGCCAUGGAGAUAGCGUUGAUUAGAGCUGAUGUUGAGGAGGAUCGGGAACCUACAAUGGUUCGCUUUUUAAAUGGAUUAAAUCCUGAAAUUGCUAAUAUUGUGGAGCUGCAACCUUGUGUGGAGGUGGAGGAUAUGCUACAAAUGGCACUUAAAGUGGAGAAGCAACUAAAAAGGAAAAAUGUGGCUAGAUAUGCACCAGCCAACCAUUCGGCCCCUAGGAGUAAUUGGAAGUCAAAUUGGUCUGCUCCUUCAAGGGUGGAGAAAGAAGUUCCCAAAUUCAAGAAAGAAGAAUGGAAAGGAAAGGAGAAAGUAGAGGAGAAGAACAACUGUUUUAAGUGUUAG